AUGGCCCUUACGUCCCAGCGCAGUAGCAGCAGCAGGCCCGGACAGACUGAUCCUGAUCCUAAUCCUGAUCCCUCCUCCUCCAAGGCUCAUCUCCACACCAACGGUGGCAGCAGCAGAACAAGAAGAAAAAGAAGUAGUAGCAGAAGAACAAGCAGUACUAGCAGCACUACUAGCAGUGCCAAUAGCAGUACCAGCAGCACAGGCACAGAAGUAUUAUUCCCGCCCCCCCGAGAGACGUCGUCUUCCUCCACCACUUCCGAUCACACGCCAUCAUCCGUCUCCUACUCAUCACCAGCAUCCUCCUCCGCAGAAACAGAAGCAAAAGACGGGGUAGUCGCUGCUGUGCUUGAAAGAGGAAGAACAAAAAGAGGGGGAUCAUCGUCAAGUAAUAAUAAUAAUAAUAAUAACCAGACAAGCAUAUUAAUCUCAUCUCCAUCAUCUCUUCCUGCACGUCCUGCUCCUGCACCUGCUGCUGCAGCUGCACACCCACGGCCUCAACCACAACCGCACCCACAACCUCCACCUCCUGCUCCGCAACCCACCUGCUGCUGCUCCUGCUCAUCAUCCUCCUCCUGCUGCUGCCGCUGCUCGUCGUCCACAAGCAGUACCAAUCGCCCGAGAGAGCCUGUCAGGAAGAAGAACAAGACUCAGGGAAGUAGCAGUACUGUUACUACUACUAGCACUUCUACCACUACUAGUAAUACUCCUACUACUGCUGCUACUGCUACUACUGCUGCUACUGCUGCUACUGCUGCUACUGCUAGUACCACUGCUACUAUUGGCCGUAGUAAGACUCGGAUCACCGCUAGCACGCUUCGGUCCCCCACCAACAGCAACGACACAACCGCCAGCCAAAACACCAACACUCGCACAAACAACCCAAACAACCACACAGAGACAGCUUCUUCCUGCUCCUCAUCCCCCACACAGAUCACAUCCAUCACCACAACCACAUCCACACCCACCACCACCACCACCACCACCACAGCCUCAAAUACUGUGCCUCCGUCCUCAACCACACCCCCCACAAGGACUGCAAACAACGAUACAAACAAUAAUACACGCUCGUCUACCACAGCCAGACACCCACAAGCAGCAACAGCAGCACCACCACCACCACAUCCACCACCAGCAUCACUCCUCACACACUCGCGUGCGUCUAGUCGCUCCAGUAAUCUCACAACCCCGUCCACAAACCGCCAUCACAGCCGCGACCAUUCCUCCCACACACGCUCAAAGUCUGCUUCGCUCCCGUCGUCAACGACGUCUACCGCCCCCCUCUUCUUACCAUCCUCAAAACACAGGCAGCAGCAACAGCGGCACCAGCAGCAGCACGCUACAACCACCACCACCACUCCCAGCUCACGACAACCCGUUGCCCAGUCAACAGAACCACAACCACAACCAGUCCGUGCGCAGCGUCACAUCUCAGACACCGCUACAGCAAAAAAGACCGCGUCCACCACUGCUCCUGCUACUACUCCUCCGGCCGCUGCAGCGCCAGAAGAAAAGGUAUCAGCUACUAGACAGCCCGCGCGGUUCAGUAGUAAUGGUAUAGCGACAAGCACCGGACCUCCACCGUCACUCGCUUACCGUCGCACGAACACCGCCGCCGCAAUGAUGGAGAAUCGCUUCUCGUCGUCGCCGCGCACAAUGAAUCUGAAUAAUGGGGGCGCUAGGGAUAACAUCAAUAACAACAACAUCAACAGCACCACUACAAGUCAUGGGGAGAGGAGCUCGUUCGCGAGGAGGGAUAGGGAUAGGGACAGCAGGACUAGGGAUGUCACGACGCCGAUUGCGAGGGAGGCACUGGGCGGGCUGUCGAGAGAGGGGUCAAGAAGGAAUUCAAGGAUCGAGAGGGGAUACGAGGAUGAGAGGACGAUCAGGGGUCUGGAGGACUUGCAGAGAGAGGCGGCCGGGAUUGAAGAUGCAGGCCAGGAUCCUGGCGAGAUGGGCGGGGAGGACGUGUUCUUGAACCUGGCUAGGAGCAACUCGGUAUCGAGUUAUACGGAUAAUCCGGCCUAUAGGGCUGAGCGCAGGAGGUCUUAUGUGCAGUCACGCCUCACGCAACUGACGCAACAACGAAAUUCGCUUCCCGCGGAUACCUUUUCGGCAUCGCCAUUACGCGCGAUACAGACGCACUCGCAGGCCAACCGCACGCUCACAAACUCGCCUGCGCCGAGCACCCGCGAUAACGGCAACUGGCACCAGGACCGUGUUUCGACACCGCCCACAUCCUAUCGCGACCGCAGGCUGUCGAACGCAUCGCUACUGGACAACAGCAGCAACGUCGAUGAGCAAGGCAAAGCCGUGACCCCGCGCGCAUCCUUCUCCCGUCCCCUCAGCAUGCUGCGACGGGAGCGCUCGCCGGGAACGUCCUCUCACACGCGGAGCUACUCGAUGGCCGAGCCCGUCGCGAGGACCCGAUCGGGGCUUUCCAAUCAUGUUGCGCCACGCGCGACGCACUCGAGCCCGCAGGACAUUUCGCCGCGCGAUGUCGGCCAGCAGCAGCAGCGCGAGAGGCCGCCGCCGGUGAGCACGAGGAUGAUGAUGGGCGUGGACUCGCACCCCGAUGCCGCCGAUCCCAUCACGCCCACGAGGCCCGAUCAGCAGAGCGUCAGUGGCGACAAGAGCGUGUCGGGUGGCAACGACGACUCCUCGUCGGUGUCGACCACCGCGCCAAGCACCGUGUGGGACGAGCUCGACGAUCUCAAGUCGCGCAUCCGCCGCCUGGAGCUCACGGGCCGGAUUCCGGCGUCGGCGUCGGGCGUUGCGAGCCUGAGCAGCAGCUUCAACACCGUGGGCGGCGCGUCGAACUCCUCGGGUGAGCGCCCGCGCACUGCGACAACGACGGUCACAACCAUCUCCUCGUCGCCGCGCAAUAACAAGGAGAGCGGCAUCUCGCCGAUAAACUCCUCGUUCGGCCACCAGUCGCCAAACAACCACCCCCUCCUCCAUGCCGCGCUGGCAAAGUCGAAAUCGUUGAUACCGCCAGAAGUGUACAAGUACCUCGAGGUCGCGGCGAACGACGCUGCGGCCCUGGCUAGUACCGUCGGGAACGCGGCCUCCUCGUCGGGGUCGCCCGUCUCUUCUGGGACACUGGCGUCCGAUCGACAGGUCCGCCGCAAAGCCGACAGUGUGUGUCGGAGCUUGACGGAGUUGUGCAUCGCGCUAUCGGAGAACAGAGCUUCUCUUGGUGGCGCUGGAGCACCUAACUUCUCGCUUCACCUGUCGCAGCAUUAUGGCGGCGGCGCGCGGCCUGAGAGUCGAGGCGUGGGAAUGGGAGUGGGCAACGAGAGCAUUCUGGGCAGGUCGGAUAGUGUGUUGGGGAGAGAGCGCAUCCUGGGGCGGGAGCGGGGAGACAGCAUCCUCGGCCGCACCAGGGAGGAGAGCAUCCUCGGCCGCGAGAGCGUCCUGGGCAGAGAGAGCGUGCUGGGCCGAGAGAGUGUGCUUGGUAGAGAAAGCGCCAUGGGCGAGCGCAUGUCGAGCCGCAUCUCCAGCCGCUUCGCAGACCGCAUCGCCGAGCGCAAGGGCAGCCUCGCGUCCAUCUCAACCUCCACGGGCUUCCUCAAGUCGUCGCCGCGCCAGCAGCUCGCCGAGCACCGCGAGAUGCCGGAGGAAGCGGUCCCCAGCCCCACCACGCCCGGAAACCUCCGCUCCCGCAACUCGAUGCUCCUCAAGGCCCGCCACAUGUUUGACGACGAGGAGGACCCGGAGAGUAGUUUCCGCUCGCCGAGUCGCGCUGCGACGGAGGUACUGAGCCAUAGGCAGCACCACCGCGAGACGACGUACCAUAUGACGCCUGACCGCGCGGACCGUACCGUCUCGAAUGCGCUGCCGCCGCGCAGACAGUAUGUGGUGUCGCAUGGCACCUCGCUCGCGCAGGGGGGGCUUGCGUCUCCCGUAGUGCAUCAGAGUAGUGGCCAGAGGCGCUUCUUUAGUGGCAGCAGCGAGAGGGCGGAGAUGAGGGAGCGCGAUGAGAGGGCGGCGUAUGAGAUGCAGAAUGCGGUCAAUGCGGCCGUGGAGCAGCAGGAUUAUACGACGCAGGGGAGGUUUAGGAGUGGCAGCUUUGGGAGGACGCCGAGUAGUGCGAGGAGGCCGGCGAGGGUGCUGAGGGAGAGUGUGGAUCUGGAUAGUCGACAGGAGGGGGGCAGUUUGGGGAGGACGCCUGGGGGUGAGAGGUUGCUUGGAAGGCGGUAG